AUGCUGCCCCAGCCCAUCCCCUUACCCAUCCUUAUUUACUCCAGCCAAGCCUCUGCCUCCGGUCCCAGUCUGCUUGCUACAUUACAGAGGUUAAAACAGUACACGCUCCACAACCUCACACCAAGGUGUCUCAUCCUCACUUGCUCCAAGACAAACUUGGCUGGUCCCGACCAUAACAAGUCAUUCUCGAUAGACAAACAGGCAGUGGUGGGUGCAUCCUUGUACACAGCUCUGCCCAGCUUUCUCCUCUCUCCAGUUGGUCUGUGUAGGAAAUGUGUCUAGUCUCCUCUGUUUGGGAUACCAGAGGGUUGUUUUUGCAGUACUUUCUCAGUCUAGUCCGAUGAGGAGCGAAAGCCAUUUCUCUAAAAGCCAAGGUGUCUUCCUUGGAUCAAGAGUGUCGUCAGAUCAAGGAGCUGUGGUGAAGGCCUGAUGUGAAGGGAUGUCCAGGUACCGUGUCGUCUGUCUUUUACCUUGUCGUUAUAUCUAUCUGUGGGUUAGGCUUGGCAGGAUAGGGAUAGGGGAUAGUGGUUAACUAAAGGGCAAUUCCAUGGCAGUUCUUCCAUACAGCGCCAGCCAUCUUUGUGGGCAUCUUUGAGGCUGGCACUCAGCUGCCAUAGCCAGCAUUCUGACAUGGCCACAACCUUUAGCCAAGGAGGUUCAUUUAAGCACAUGGGGAAAGGGAUUGAAAAAUGUUUGUGGGAAGAUUGGUGAGAUGAUACAAAUCUCUACUUGAAACAAAUAAAUGUCUGUAGAAUGAAAGUUAUAAAUGACUAUAAGUUCUAAAUGACUAAGACAAACAGCCAUCUGUAAAUCUGUACAGUAUAUGUGUUCUAUAUGCAGUACACAUCAUACUGACAGUUUGUUGUCUGUUUCUUUGCUGACUGUUUUUCCUCCCCAGGAGAAAGGAUGGGUCGGUACAUCCAGAAGAGCAGGGGCUUUGUACUGCUGCUGUCCGCCCUCACCCUCUCUCUCCUGGGUGUCAUCAGCUCCACUACCCUCCUACCUCCAACAACCUCCAGCCCUUCUCUUACACUCACUGCCACCUCUCCUCUUACCCACACUUCCACUCCCACCCUCUUCCCCAAAACAUCCACAUCCCCCCAGCCCCAACAUCAAACUUCCUUCCCCACCUUAAACCCUCCUCUCUCUCAGUCCUCGCCCGCUCCUCUCCCCUACACCACCAUCCCACUCCUUUCCAAAACCACUGUUCCUCCUCUUCCCAAAACCUCCCAUGCAACUCUACCUCAUACCACCCGUGCCAAACCCAAAACGUUCCGCCCUCGACUCCCCCAUACUACCCGCCUCCUCCAAAAAACCUCCCACCUUCGUCUCCCCAAAACUUCCCUUCCUCCUCCUCUCUAUAUGACCAGUGCCCUCCCCAAAACCUCCCGCCCACGUCUCCCCAAAAUCUCCCCCACUCAUCUCCUCAGUACCUCCUGCCCAUUUCUCUCCAAAACUAUUGUCCCUCCUGCCUCUCAGUCCUCGCCUGCUCCUCUCUCUUACACCAGCUCCACCACCAUCCUUCCCCUCUCCACAACAACCAUCCCUCCUUUCCCCCAAAACUCCCCUUCUCCUGUCCCCAAUACCUCGCCUCCCCUAACCAAAACCUACCGCCUGUGUCCCCCCAAAACCUCCCCGACUCGUCUCCCCAAAACCUCUCACCCUCGUCUCCCCAAAACCUCUCACCGUCGUCUCCCCAAAACCUCUCACCCUCGUCUCCCCAAAACGACCUUCCCUCUCAUUCCCAAAACCUCCCCUGCUCCUACUCCCUAUAUGACCAGUCCCCUACCCAAAACCUCUCCCAAAACCCCCAAAACUACCUUUCCUCAUCUCCUCAAAAUGUCCCCGUCUCGUCUCCCCAAAAUAUCCCGCCUUCAUCUCCCCAAAAUCACUGUCCCUCCCUUACCCAAAACCACCACCCCUUCUCUCUCUCAGUCCUCCCCUUCUCCUCUCCCCUACACUUCCUCCACCACCACUCCCCCCCUUUCCACAACCACUGUCCCUCCUCUUCCCGAUGCCUCCCAUCACCUAACCAAAACAGGUAAGAACCACAAAAUCUUCUCCACUCAUCGCCCAAAUACCACUCACCCUUGUCUCCCCAGAAUUACAACUCCUCAUCUCCCCAAAACCUCCCGCCCUCAUCCUCCCAAAACUACCAUUCCUCCUCUCCCCCUAAUCACCACCUCUCCUCUCUCUCAGUCCUCCCCCGUUCCUCUCCUCUAUAUUUCCUCCACCACCAUCCCUCCCUUAUUCACAACCACCAUCACUCUCCUCCCCAAAACCUCCCCUCCUCCACCUCCUCAUACCACCUGUCCCCUCCUCAAAACCUCCCGCCCGCUUCUCCCCAAAACCUCCCCCCCUCGUCUUCCCAAAACUACCAACCCUCCCUUACCCAAAACCUUCCCUUCUCUUCCUCCUCCUCUCCCCCACACCACCAGUCCCUUCCCCAAAACGUUCCGUCCUCGUCUCCCCAAAACUUCCCGUCCACAUCCCAAAACUACCACCCCUCCUCUCUCCACAACUACUGUCCCUCCUCUUCCCAAAACAACAAUCGCUCCUCUUCCCUCUUCCAUGCAUCCCUUACCCAAAACCUCCACUCCUCGUCUGCCCAAAACCUCCCCCCAUCGUCUUCCCCACACUGCUCCCCCUCUGUUUGACCGUGAGCCCUUCAUAGUGACCUGGAACAUCCCAGAUCUGGUCUGUAACAGGUACAAUAUCUCCCUGGACACCUCCCCCUACAGAGGCGUGGCCACACCUGCCAAGGUAAGAAACAAUACACAUAUACCUCUUGGAAAGCUGCUAACAGGUGUAAAAAUGAAUGAUAUCCAAAACAGUGUUUGACACAUCAAACCUAAAACAAUCAUAUACUUCAAUGUCCUAACAGCGAUUUACUGCGAGAAGUACAAGACAUAACUUUAUCCUAACAAAAACGUUACUGUGUUUCCUUCCUCCUUGCUUCUAGGUGCCAGGUCAGUUCCUGUCUCUGUUCUAUACUGACCGACUGGGCCUCUACCCUCACGUGGACCUGCCUUCCAGGCAGCAGUUCUACGGAGGCAUCCCCCAGAGAGGAAACCUUAGGGCCAGUCUGGCCAAGGCCCGCGCUGACAUCAACUACUACAUCCCCUCCAAGUACUGAUCUAGAAUCAGCUCCAAAAUCCUAACCUUAAUGAUGAACCAUCAGGUUGAAACUAAGGGGCAACUACAACUGCUACUCUACUGCAGUACAUCCUCUCCAUGUAGAGGUUGCCCUUAGGCACAGAUCAAUGUUUAAUUCACCAUGUUCAAACACUACCUUAACCAUUAAGGGAGAGUUGGGGACACAACACUGACCUUAGAUCAGUGCAUAAUAAGUGUAUAACUUUACUACUCCACCCCCCUCCAGGACGGCCCGUGGCCUGGCUGUGAUCGAUUGGGAGGACUGGCGCCCCUUGUGGGCCAGGAACUGGGGCUCCAAGUGGAUCUACAGGACCCUAUCAGUGACCCAUGCCCGCCAGAGGGACCGCUCCCUCACAGCCCGGUUUGCCACGGCUACAGCCAAGAAGCAGUUCCAGGCCGCAGCCCGCAGCUACAUGGCAGAGACUCUGUCCUUGGGUAGCCGGCUCAGGCCCAACUACCAGUGGGGAUUCUACCUGUUCCCCAACUGUUAUAACCAUGGUUGGAUGGAGCCGGGAUACACAGGGAGAUGUUCCAAGGAGGUGAGGGGGCAGAAUGAUGAGCUGCUCUGGCUGUGGGAGGCUAGUUCCGCACUCUACCCCUCUAUAUACCUGCAGGUAAGAAUGUUUUUUGGGGGGCGGGGGAGGAUAUUACUAAUUCAUAAUCUAACAUCUACCCCUAGUCUGGUAGCCAGAUGUGUUUUGGUUUUGCCAUCUCCUGUGUAGUCUGGCAGGCUAUACUAAAAGUCUGGUGCUUGCUAGUUUGUAGGUAAGGUGAGAGAGACUAACUCCUAUGUGGUUGUUGUGCCUCCUUUAGGCAUCUCUAAGGGACAGGCAUAGCGCCGCCCUGUUGGUGAGGAACCGAGUCCAGGAGGCACUGAGGGUGUCUGCCCUGCCCGCCCGGCCCGCCACCGCACCCGUCUACGUGUACACACGACCCGUCUUCAUCGACCAGAACAGACGCUUUCUCAGCCAGGUGAGAAAUAUGCUUCUUACAGAGGCUUUUGACCAAUCCUAAAUGAGUCUCUAGCCCCUACCCCCCAGACACAUGAAGCAGGUUGAUGGUGGGGAUCUGAGGUUAGAGCAAUGCUGUCCUGAGGUGCAGUUACCUCUGUCAUACCCCCUACCACUGUAAUAAUAACCCUUUGCUUUAACUGUGUGAUGUUCUCCAGGGGGACCUUGUCAGCACCAUCGGGGAGAGUGCUGCUGUGGGGGCCUCAGGAGCCGUGCUGUGGGGGGCCAGUGCCGACUACAAUGACAAGGUUAGGUGAUACUCUAGCCCUGUUUAUACCUGGUUCUAACAUGCAUCCUUUGUCCUAAUUUUGUCCACAUUCUGAUUGUACCCACAUUUUCAGACAGGUGUACUGUAUGUAGACAAUCAAAAGACGCAUUGUGAUCUGAUUGUGAUCAGAUCUUCCUCACAACCUCCGGAGGUAGUCAGGCACGCAUUGUGUCUGGAUAUCUUACAAGUGUAGUUGGAUCUGGACAGUGACACCAUUUAAAUCAUCUUUAUCCUGCCUUCUAAAAUCAUUGACAGGUGGCACCAUUAAUUUAUGGCAUCAAUAUGCAUCUUAAAAUAAAUAAAUAUGCAUUCAAGGAGGGACCACUGAAGGUGAUACUCCCCACUCUCACUGAAAGCCAAUACCACUGACAUUUUAGUCAUUUAGCAGACACUCUUAUCCAGAGCGACUUACAGUAGUGAGUGUAUACAUUUUUUUACUUUUUUGACCCCACUCAGUUAAUGUUGACAGAAAACACCACAGCCAUAGUGGACCUGGAAUGUCUUAUCGGACACUAUGGCUGUGUCCCAAAUGGCCAGGGCCAAUCAAAGGUAGUGACUACAUUAGAGGGAAUAGGGUGCCAUUUGAGACACAGAAAAUCAUUUUAAGCAACAAAACUAUACGAAAGCAGAACAAAAGUAUUCUCACCAUGAAUAGAAUAUUCCAGCACAUAUGAAUCCACUUUAACUUUCUUUGAUGUAUUGUUCCACCCCUCCACCCUCCCUUCCCACAGGCAUCCUGUGAGGCUCUCUAGGAGUACCUCACCAGUGCGCAUGACCAUGAAGAGUUAUCAUUUCCUCCAACUUUCUCUCUCUCUCCCUCCCUCCCCACAGGCGUCCUGUGAGGCUCUUUCCUCGUACCUCACCACCACGCUCAACCCCUACGUCGCCAACGUGACCGCCGCCGCCCAGCUCUGCAGCGACUUCCUGUGCCAGGGGAAUGGCCGCUGCAUCCGGAAGCACUACGAGUCAGACCACUACCUCCACCUGUCCUCAGGGAACUUCCGUAUCCUCCGGGCCAGGAACACGUACAUGGUCCUGGGGACGCCCAGUCUGGCUGACCUGACUCUCUUCUCCAAGAGGUUCACCUGUCAAUGCUAUACAGGACGGACAUGUGCCCCAAAGCUGCCCAUACACCUGUCUAAAGCGCUGGUGUUCAGACUGAAGCAUCAGGGUCUGUCCGACAAGACUAAGACACUGAAUAAAGUGAUAGCUGAUAUGGAACAAUCAACCAUUAAGGAGAACUUGAAAAAACACUGA